AAAAUAAAAGUACUGUUCCCUUUACCCCAACCCUAACUUCCUUUCCAUCAUCUUACAAAUGUAUCCUUUUCCCUCCUCGUUUCCUCCUCCUCCUCCCUCGCUGUCUCUCUCAGCUCUCUGUGACCUCUGCCCUUCUCUCUCUGUGAACUCAGGUAGAUAGCCUCUUUUCCCCCCUUCUAUCUAACUCGGCGAUGCCAUAGCUGCAGAGGAAGAAGCAGAGAGACAGAGACAGAGACGAUACCACCAUAGUUACAGAGGAAGAAGCACGGAGAAACAGAGAUGGGGAAGUACAUGAAGAAAGCGAAGAUCAGAGGUGACGUAGCUGUCAUGGAGGUCUCGCAGUCCUCUCUGGGUGUCCUGACCAGAGCCAAAACCCUAGCUUUACAAAGACUCCGCGGCACAUUACCGCCGCCGACACACCGGCAAUCACCCCAAAGCCCAGAGCCCGCGUAUCUCGAGCUCCGCAGCCGACGACUUGAGAAGCCUUCGCUGCUUAGCGACCCCAAAAAGCAUAAUCAAUCUCAAGCAGAAGCGCCCAGAGGGACGGACUGCUAUCGAAACCCUAGGCUCAGCACCAGGAGCACCUUCAGGCCGAGGCCUGGGUUGGCGAACUCGGGCUCAGUGUCACUCGGAUCCCCGGAGACUCUAGAUGUCAAAGAAGACGAGGCAGAGGAUGCGGGUAUUGAGGCCUCUUUUGGGGAGAACAAUUUGGAGCUCGAAGGAAGAGAUAGGAACACCAGGGAAAGCACACCCUGCAGCUUAAUAAGAGACUCAACCACCAUUCGAACCCCAGGUUCGACAACAAGGCAGAGAAACAUGACGGCAGCAACUCGAAGAGUACUGAAUGCUAUGCAAGGAAACAUUCCAUCAACAAAUGAGAUGGAGGAGUUCUUUGCUUAUGCGGAGCAACAGCAACACAGACUAUUUACUGAGAAGUACAAUUUUGACGUGGUGAAUGAUUUGCCCCUGCCUGGACUUUAUGAAUGGGUGAGAGUAAAUCCGUAAUGGUGUUGGGUAAUCCCAUUAGGGAUUUUUUGUCCCUGCAACAUUACAAGUGAUUCCGGGUUAAGGGCAGCAGGGAUUGGCGAAUUUGGUUAAUUUCCUGCUCACCAUUCUGCAUCAGUGCAAAAAAGUAGCUACAAUCUAUGGUCUGUAAUCUAAUUAUCUGUAACAUACAGCAGAGGCUGAUGAACUGCAACCUACCCAAUUAUUGGACCAAACCCCCUGUAAGAUAGAACAUGAUUUAUUGGAGGAGAAUGGGGAAAAUUGUAGAUUUAGGGUUCCA